AUGGCUCACGACUUCUUCCAUAGCCCUCUUCCUGAAACAGAUCGACGUCGUUUCUUAUCUGAAUGCACACGCAAUGUAGAGCGUACCUAUGUCGCUCCUAGCCUCAACAACGUACCGGUGGCCACACAGACAAAAAGUGUUGACACUCAGUUUAUAGAUGUGCAAUAUCGUCUAUCCGGAAUCACCUGCCCUAUCAAUUACUUUGUACACCGCGUGCUACUGGAUGGAAGUGUCACUGCAGACGCGGCUAUCGAAUUUGCAAACGUUAUUCAUGCCCUUUUGGCAGAUACAGCCUCGCACAUCAUUCAGGUUCGCGUUGAGAACAUAUUUCUGGCUACUAGAAUUCGUGGAUCAGCCCCUCAUAUGGCACCAGCAACGCAGGAACCACUGUUGGAUCCCAAAGCCUUGGUUGAACAUGUCCAUUUGUCAAAGGCAGUACAAGCUACCAGCAUGCACUCCCAGAACCUGCAACCGAGGAAAGGAAAGGCUAAUUCCCCUCGCACAAACUCGCAUAACUCAGCCCAGCACGAGCAUGACUACGAUGAACGUAACACUAGACACUAG